CUGCUGUCACUGCUGUGCCCACUCUGGGCUACCGUUUCCUCCCCCACCAAGUCCUGUCCUUUGGCUGCAGGGAGUGGCUGGGAUCAUAGAGCGAGGGACAGACUGCAGGGCUGGGCUAGUCUCUGAUACCCUGGCUACAGUGGAUGCUGGCAUGUCAAGAGGUGUGCAAGCAUGAGAGGAAGCAUCCAAACCACACAAGGCUAAUGGUUAAACGUGAAAAGAUUCUGACCGAGGAGGUGAAUUUGCUGACAAGGUGAAGCAACAGCCACAAAUAUGUUGAAGCCAAGUGGACUGAAAAUCCCAGGGAGGGGAGCCAAGCAUUCCAGCCCAGUGGGAAGAUCAUCAGCCGGGUCUGGUGUUACUAGCAGUGCCGGUUCUAAAGAAAACUCCCCUCUUCAUAAACAGGGUUCUACUUCAUCUGUUGGUGCAGAGAAAACUGGAUCAAAAAUCACUGAAGUGGGCGAUGAGUUCCUGGGAGAUUAUGUGGUUGGUGAACGUGUAUGGGUCAAUGGAGUUAAGCCUGGAGUAGUACAGUAUUUGGGAGAAACCCAGUUUGCCCCAGGCCAGUGGGCAGGUGUGGUUCUUGAUGACCUAGUAGGAAAGAAUGAUGGAUCUGUGGGUGGAGUGCGCUACUUUGAAUGUCAAUCACUGCAAGGAAUAUUUACAAGACCAUCCAAACUGACUCGCCAGCUUGUGGCAGACGGUACAGGAAGUGAUUCACAUUCAGUGGAAUCAUUGACAACGCAAAAUUUGUCUUUGCAUUCUGGAACUGCCACACCACCAUUAACCACCCGAAUUGUGCCACUGCGGGAAAGUGUACUGAACAGCACUAUAAAAACAGGAAAUGAGUCUGGAUCUAACCUUUCUGACAGUGGGUCAGUGAAAAAAGGGGACAAGGACCUUCGGAUUGGAGAUCGUGUUUUGGUUGGUGGAACAAAGACGGGUGUAGUUCGCUAUGUUGGGGAGACAGAUUUUGCAAAGGGAGAAUGGUGUGGAGUGGAACUGGAUGAACCAUUGGGAAAGAAUGAUGGAGCUGUUGCUGGCACCAGGUACUUUCAGUGUCCACCAAAGUUUGGCCUGUUUGCUCCCAUCCACAAAGUAAUCCGCAUUGGUUUUCCAUCCACAAGUCCUGCUAAAGCUAAGAAAAGCAAAAGGAUGGCAAUGGGAGUGUCUGCAUUGACUCACAGUCCCAGCAGUUCCUCCAUCAGCUCAGUGAGCUCAGUGGCUUCUUCUGUAGGAGGCAGACCCAGCAGGAGUGGCUUGCUCACAGAAACGUCCUCUCGCUACGCACGAAAAAUCUCUGGUACAACUGCACUUCAAGAGGCUCUGAAGGAAAAGCAACAACACAUUGAGCAACUAUUGGCUGAAAGAGACUUGGAACGAGCUGAGGUAGCAAAAGCCACCAGUCACAUAUGUGAAGUAGAGAAAGAGCUUACACAUUUGAAAUCCCAACAUGAAAAGUAUAUUGCAGAGACAGAAGGAAAUCUUCAGAGGGCUCAUGUCAUGGUAGAAACAACACAGAAAGAGAAAUCUGAGCUGCUCAACCAACUAGAAGAAGAAAGAAGGAAAAUUGAAGACCUCCAGUUCAGAGUGGAAGAGGAGUCCAUUACAAAGGGUGACCUUGAGACACAGACGCAGUUGGAGCAUGCCCAAAUUCGGGAGCUCGAGCAGAACCUACUGUUUGAGAAGGCAAAAACUGCAAAGCUUCUCAAAGAAUUUGAGGACCAGAGGCUAACAACAGUAGCAGAGCAAACCAGAAUUCAGCAGCUGGAGGAGGAACUGAGCCAUCGUCGCAAUGAGAUUGAAGACCUCCAAAAUUGUUUGAUGAACUCCAGUCACUCAGACACACCUGAACACAAUAUUGGACUGCAAACUGAGGCUUUGCGUCUACGAGAUAAGCUCCUGUCUGCUAGCAAAGAGCACCACAAAGAGAGUAGCCAGCAGAGAGACAAAUAUGAGAAGAACAUAAAAAGAUACCAACAGGAGAUUGAGAAAUUGAAGGCCUCAAAUGAGAAAUAUGUCCAGGAAAUUGGAGAGCUGAAGAGAAAAGUGGAACAGGCAACAAAGGAAAACAUAGGCAUGAUGGAUAAUUGGAAAUCUAAAUUGGACAGCUUAGUUUCUGAUCAUCAGCAAUCAUUGGAAGACCUAAAAGGUUCACUGGUUACCAGCCCAGACUCACAACAUAAAGAAAUAGUGGAGCUUAAAGCCAGCCUUAAAAGCCUUAAAAUGGAGCAUCAACUUGAACUCGAAAACUUGAAGGCUAAAAAGGAGAUAGAAAUCGCAGUCCAUAUCAAAGAAAGAGAAAGCCUUAAAAUCAAACUUCAAGAGGUUAAAGAUGAGGUAGAGGAAGUAAAUAACAACUGGAGAUCUCAAUUAGAGUCAAAAACAAACCAGCAUCUCAAAGAACUCCAGGACAUUAAAGACAAAUACAGAGAGGCAGAACAGCGAGUAUGUGAGCUAGAGAAGCAUCAUGCUGAGUACAACGAUCAGACACAAGCCAUAGCCUACCUUAAGGAGCAGAUCUCCGUUGCUGAAAAGAAAAUGCAGGACUAUGACAUGCUUCUGAAAGCAGACACCAGAAACAAGCAAGAGAUCCAACGACUACAGGAGAAAAUACUUGUUCUGGAAAACAAACUGCAGUCAAUGGAAGCUGUUCAUUCUUCACAAAAUGCUAAUAUGAUUGAAACAAAUGAAAUGUCUGAAGAAAAAACAAAAAUGAAAAAGACAAUGGAAGAUUUGCAGCUGAAACUUAACAAGCGAGACAAAGAAGUAUCCUCCAUGUCUGCACAUAUCGAAUCACUAAGGGCUCAAAUCAAUGCACUCGAGAGUAAAUGUAAAUCCGGAGACAAGAAGGUGGAUUCAUUAGUGAAGGACAAUAAGAAACUAGAAGUGGAACUAGAAGCUUUUUCUAGGAAAUCCCAUGACGCAUCAGGCCUGUUUGUCUUGAUCAGCCAAGACUUGCUAAAAAAAGAAAGAAGUCUCAAUGAACUGAGAGCUUUAUUACUUGAAGCCAGUCGGCACUCACCAGGACCAGAGAAGGACCUAAGUCGGGAGGUCCAUAAAGCUGACUGGAGAUCUAAAGAACAAAAAUUAAAAGAAGAAAUUAAAGUACUUAGAGAAAAAAUAACAGCUUUGGAUAAAGAGAAAUCAGGAACAGAUCAGAGGAGAUACUCAUUAAUAGACCCAUCCACAGAGUCAGAAGUUCUGAGGUUACAACAUCGUUUGAUAAGCACAGAAGAUGUCCUUCGAAUAGCUCUAGACCAGGGUCAUCAAGUGGAGAAAUUAAUGGAGGCCAUGAGAAGCAGCGCUGAAAAGUCUCAGGUGACUGGAAACUCAGGGUCUGCCAAUGGUAUCCAUCAACAGGAUAAAGCACAUAAACAGGAGGAAAACCACUGAUAUCCACAGCAGAGUAUAACACCCUUCUCAGUAUGAAAGAGAUGCUUUCUUUAUUGGGACUGGCAUAUCAGAAAGACUUUUUAUGCAUUUUUCGUGUGUGAAUAGAACUGGACAGUGUUCAUUUUUACCGUUAGAUUCCACCAGGACAAUCAUUAGAAGUUCACCACCACCCCUUGUAAAAAGUUGGCUGGGAGUCCAGGAACAAUUUCUCCUUGCACAGAAUCUUGGAAUGGCCUUUCAGCUUUCUGGAUAGGACCUUUAGUUGGCCGCUUCUGAUGUUUCACUACCACCAAAAUCAUUCUGAUUGUUGAUAGAUGACAUUAUAUAAGCUGUAUUGGAACGCUAAUAGAUUUGUAAUUGAAACACUAAUACGUUUUCUAUCUUCAGUCUGACUAUAACCGAUAAAGUGUUGCAGAGGAUGAAUGUACUAAAGACAACACGUUUCUAUUCACUCAGUACAUCUGUAUUUGCCCUUUUCACCUUAGUGGGAGUUCAGCUAUGCUCCUAUGCCACUGGAAGUAUACUCUGGAAUGGCACCGCUUUAAAACAAGGGCAGUAAAUUCAUGAUCAUGCAUAAUGUCAAAGUGCAAACCAAUGUUGAGUUAAUAAACAGGUACAUGCAUUUCCUUUUUUUACUGUUAAAUUCUAAUUUUAUUGUUUUGAUGGCCACUGUUGAAUUAUAAUCUACAAAAUGCUCCCCAUUGUAUGGUAAGGUCAAGUUUAUUCUUAAGCAUCUGGAUGAAUAUGUGCAAUUAACUCGGUCGUAUUCUAAAGGACUUCUGCCUAAUAGUACUAAAUAUGGCUGAAUAAUCAUUGAAAUGCUGUAAGAUACUUUGUGUUAUUUUUUUUUUCUUUGAGUUUCUAACAUUGUAUGUUAUGGUAUGAAAAAAAAUACUUUUGACCAAGAAAAUUUUAUGUUAGAUAAAGUUAAGGGUUUAAAACAUGAACAUGUAAGAUAUGCCUUUUUAAAUAAAUGUAAUUCCUUAUUUAUCUUU